AUGUUGCUGGUUCUCAGUGUGCUGACCCUGAUACCGUGCCUGUUCCUCUUGACGUGGUACUUUUUCUCCACAGGAGGGAAAAGUGGUGGCAACAAGAAGAACGAUGGCGUCAAGGUAAGUCCUGGGCUCAUAAAGCCACCAGCUUGCCUGUACUCAAGAAGGCAGGAAUGUUUGGGCUGGUGGACUGUGUGGUCAUGGGUCCCUGCGUGGCCUAGGCCCUUUGUGUUAAGGCCUUGCAUUAGUGGAUCUCUUGCAUCAUCCUCUUCUCAUCAUGAAAUACAUUUCCACACUCUGAAAGCAAAAAUGGAAAAACAAAUACCUUUACCUAAGCAAAGUUUGCUGCUUAGAGUAAUGGAUGCCUUGACUCAUGUUCAAUUUGCUUGGCUAACUCAUAUCCUCAUAAUCUCUUCCCAUUCCUGCUUUCUUUUCAUAAAGAGGAGAAAAAAAAGCUUGUGCCUUUCUCCUACCGUUUUACUGUUACUAUGCUACUGUCAUUUCGGGGAAAUAGAGCCAAUCCAAAUGUUUGGAGGCCAUGGUGAAACAGCCCCAUAAGAGGACAGCAACUCACAAGUCCAAUUGAUUCAGAAAUCUGGAGGUUGAUGCUCCUACGGUCCUUGUGUGGGAGUGAAUUAUCCCACAGUAUGCCUCAGAAAUCAGGCAGGCCUUCUUCCUGGCUUGUUAUCUUUCUGUGUGAAGGAAUAUCUUGACAAGGAAGCACUUCCAAACAAAUCAACACCUGAGUGAAUUUGGAGGUGUUAUGGAUCUGCCAAGAGAUCUUUACCACAUCCCCCUGCCCAACAAUUUGAAUUGGCUCUAGGGCAUUUCUUAAUACUGUAAAGGGGGCUGUGACAGGUAAGACAAACUGAAAGACACUUAAUAUGGAAGAGAGGGAGAUGGGAUGGGGAGUGGGAGCAAGGAUGACUCUUUCUUUGAUUGGCUCCUGAGGACAUCAGUUUAGACUGAGCCUCUGAGCAGUGGCGAGGGGCCCAGCUGCCACCUUUUCUUUUCAGAUAGGUCAUUACUGUUUUAUUUGUGUCGUGAGUCUCCCAUGGUGGCCUGAUGAACUAUCUUCUGAUCAACUGAAAACCUGGGAGGAAUGAGAAAAUAUACAUGUUUCUGUCAUCAACCCAAAAGGAGGGGAGAAAGGGGUUAGAACUGAAAACAGAACUAGGGACACAAGUAAUCCUCCCCAACACACACACACACACAUACACACUCGCCUCCUCCAGGUUUUUGAUUCUACAUUGGUCCCUUUGGGUUUGCAGCACUCAUGUCAUGCCUUGAAACCUGGUUCAUUGAUUUGGCAGAGAUGCAGAUUAAUGGAUGAACAGGUUUGCUCAUUCCAGUGACAUCACCCAUUCCAGCUCUGAAAUAUUUGUGAAGUUUGAAUACUAGCGUUUGAAAGAAUGGCUUUGUGCUGAUAUUAUAAUGAUUUUCUUUUCUGGAAACCAAACUGGAGUAUUCUGGACAGGUGCCUGGCAUCUCUUUCCACGGUGCCAAAUUGAGACUUGGUGGCUAUCUGAGGAUGUGGCAAAGGUUUCUUCAAAGAAUGAAGAAGAUUCUGACAACAGUGUUCCUUGGCCAAGAGAUACACUUACGCUUGCCCAUCUGCCUAUUUCCUAUGCUAACAGCCACUCCUGGCACUGUCAUCUCACCCCCAUUUCCUUGCAGAAAUACCCCAGAUGGACAGACCUCAAUUCCAGCAGUGGAAUCCCACUUGGCUUAAUUGUCAAAUUGGCUUGGCUGCAGAUUCUCCUUCCCCCUCACCUUGUUUGGUUUUGAUAUCCCCCUCUGUAGAAGGAGAUGGCUGUUGGCACCACAAAUUGUGGGGUCUAGUUCACAAUCUCAUGGUUAGCUUGCCUUUCUGACGAAACUCUCUGGUUUAACCAGUUCAUGCUAACAGACAGAACCUACCUACUGUGUUUGAAGUAAGAUGGUAAUGGCAACACCCCCCAUUGCAGAAAGGAUAUUACCCCCUACUUUGGCUACACCUUUUAGUGAAAAAGUAGAUAUUUAUGUGCCACCUCUGCAAACAUGCUAUCCAUGAAGAGUAGAAAGGACGACGGACCCCCUUCACCAAUAGUUUAUUGAGAGAAGAGGCUUUGCCCCUCUUGUAACCAGUGGAUACUCAACAAGUUCACUGCCCUGUGUCACAUCCUGUUACAUUGUUAAUUAAUGCAAUCACUGCCCCAUGUCACAUCCUGUUACAUCCUAAAUUAAUAAAGUCACUGCCCUGUGUUGCAUCCUUUUAUUGUAUGUACGUCCUACUUUAAUAAGGUCACCACUUUUGUGUUGCGUCAUGUUGCGUCAAUUGCUUCUACAGUUACCGUCCAGUAAGGUUUCCUAGACAGUUCUUGGUAUGUUCUCAUUGGAGCCACCAUGCAUCUGAGCCUAGCUACCUCCAUCAUAUAUAGCUUAAGUACCAAAUCUAAGAGUUGUAGUAGAGUCUGUUCUCUGUCUUUUUGUUGGCUUUGGAGAAGAAGCUGUAGAGGGCUAGCUGAGGAUAUCAUAUGAUGAAAUAAAGCAGUCAGAAUCGCCAAGUGCCAAUGGGCUCGUUCUACUGUAGCUCAUAGAACGCAUUUCAUCUCACCAGAUAUACGCAGUUUUGAUACCUUUUUAAAUAAAUAAUAGUGAAGAAGAUUAGGAUGGAGGCUUCUACACUGUGCCUAUGGUGAGCCUGUUUAGAUGCUGCAUUUUCUGGAUUUCAUCUAGAUCCAUUUCCCAAGUUUCUUCUACAGGACAGAAAGAAGUAGUGUGAAGAAGGCAAGAAGAAGCCAAUAAUGGAUUUGUGGGGUAGGAAAUAGAGAACUUAUUCAAGACUCUUUUGAGUAAUAAUUAGGAAUCUGACAUGAUGUGCCUCUCUUUUGAUGUACAUUAAAGCACUGUGUUGAGAGAAGCUCAUCAAGAAUCAAAAGACAAAAGUCUUAAAUCUUGAAUUAUUUGCAGGAUUUCUACUGUGAGAUGUUCAGUACUACUUUGAGGCGUAGAAGGAGCUUCUUAGGUCAUGUCUGCAAUGCAAAUAAACUCACUUCCACCAUUUGGCAUUGUGUUGAUUUACCACCUUUGGUACAAUGCUGGGAUUAUAUGAAUCAGACUUUCCACUCCUAAAAACUGCAGUCGUAGUCGAUGUAAACAUUGCAGUUUGUCUGUGGUUUCAGUCAUUCUCUCAAGGUUUUAUCACACUUUAAAAAGAAAUCGCCGGUGAAAGCUAUGUGAUAGCAUAUUCCUGCACACUGCUCUGUUUCUUCUCACCCAGAUACUUGUUGCUGCACUUGCACAAAUCUAGAAAAAGGGGGUCACUUGGCUCAAAGUUUGAACAUCAUCUACUUUAUUUGUAUUUUUCAUGCCCUAGCAAGCCUCUCCUAGCUCUGAUAUAGGCAUUCACAUCCCACCUAAACAACCCCGACUCUGAUUUGGUGCAAUGUACAGCAUUAUAACUGGGCUGCUCCAAACAAACACUGAUAUUAUCUCAUAACCAUUGCAAAUGGCAAGAUGCUUGCAUCUUAGUGUGGAUAGUGAAGACUUUUAAGUGCUUUACUGGUACCCAAAUUAUCAUGCCAAAAUGAUGUGCAGACGUGACCUUAGAAGAGUGAUCACUGAAGACAGGAUGAGAAGCAACAAAUUUCGAUCACAGUGAGAAUGCAGAUUUAGAUUAGUGAAUAACAAGACUGUUCAGCACUAGUGUAACUGUCUAUGAAGGCUUUCAGAGAUGCUAUAGAUGUAAAAUGCCCAUCCUUAUUCGGUGCAGUGGAGGAUCAUUUGGAUUUCUUCUGGCUUUAUUCUUUUAGGAUUCAAAGUGAACAAUUCCAGUCUUUAAUGUCUCCAGCUUCUUGCUGCCACAAGUAGAAUGAUGCAAAGUCACAGUGGCAAGGAGGGUUGGAAAAGUAUAGCAUUUCAUUUAUGGAGGGCUGUAUUCAGAUAUUGUUGUGUCCACAAGUUAAGUUGGUGUGGCAGUUUUAGCUUGAUGACUAGUAUUUACGGAUCUCAAAACAUGAUUCCUCUUUAGCUUGGAAAUCUUUUGUUGGAUUGGAUUAGAAAAUGGCAGGAGAGAUGUUAAGGUGGAGCCCUGCCCUGGGUCAGGAUAUUAAGGUUCAUAGGGAUGCCGACAUCUGUGGGUCCAAACAUAGAAUAUUGGACAAGGCUGAUGGAUUUGUUAAUUGUGCUGGAAGGUUAGAUUGGCAUGGUUUGCAUUGUGAGAGUUUUGACUUCUCUUUGGCAUUAAGCAUCAGAUUUAUUCACAAACUCUUCACCUUUGUAGUAGGAUGACAAAAAGGUGUCCUAGGACCCACUGCGUCCCAUGUUCUGCUCUCUUCCUUCUUUCUCACUCUGUGUCUCUUCUUGUCCUAUCUCUUCUCCUUGUUUUUCCAGAAAAGAAAGUCCAGUUCCAGCGUUCAGUUAAUGGUGAGUGUCCUUUGUCUUCCUCAAUGCUGAUAAUGUUGGGCCUCUCAACAUGUUCCAGCCCUCCCUGUUUUGGGGAAUCACUCUGAGGUGUGGAGAGCAGGGCUGAAAGUAAUUCCUUCAGAGCAGCAUCCUCCCCUAUGGGGAUCCUUCUAAACAGGAACGGCUGGAACAGAAGGAUAGUUGAAGCCCAAGAGCACUGAGAACCUAAUUCCAUUUUCUAGCGAAAGGUUCUCCAUGGAACUUCUCCUCUAGCAGAUCUGCAAGCUGCACCAGUCCAAGCAGCCAUGAAGGAAAGGCCAUCUUAUAUGGCUUUGCUGGAACUGUUCGGUCACAGGAGACCAAAUGGCUGGCAUGGCCUUGGUCAAUCUGCUGUUUAAUAUUGUUUGCAAUAUGUCUCUGGUGGGAUGAACUGGUGGUUGCAGCCCAGCUACCAGAGUUGUCUUGAUGAGAAGCAAAUGGUUCCCUUUCUCUGUGUUAAUCUGUGUACCAGUUGGCUGUUUAUGGAAAGAGGUGUGUGUCAGCCUUUGGCGGUCCAUGUGGUUCUUGGCAGCCCUCUCUGUUUGAGUGUACAUUUCUUUCUUUACUAUGCGGUCAAUGUGGUCUCUUUCACUCCUGCACAAUCUCCCUCACUCUCUCAUCCUAGCUCCCUCUCUUUGUUAAUUUGUACAUUCCUCUCCCAACUGUAGUCAACAUGGUGUCUUUCACUCCUACACAGCCCUUCUUGCCCCCUGCUAGCUGUAGCUGUAGGAGAUGUCAAGCCUCUCACUCCUGAUAGUAGUGCAGUGGAAUACUAGUGAAUUCACUCCUGCAAGAUUCUUCACAAUCGGACCUCCGACUCAGUUGUCGUUUCAAAGUCAAGACAAGUAUUACAGUCACAAAGCAAAAUCUGUGGUUACUGACAAGUGCUUUUAUCUGAUGCUUACCUGGUUUUCGUCCCUUUGCAGUGUUUGGUCCUGUUGAGGUAGAACCUGGGUGAUGGGUUACCGGUCAGGAUUUUUCUGGGGGGGGAAGCCAUUUGGGUGCAUCUUAUUUUGCUUUUGUCCUCUCCGUUCUUUCUCCAGGAAUCUUCAGAGAGCACAAACACCACCAUUGAGGAUGAAGACACCAAAGGUAUAGUAUAAGACUGUGGCGGAAGAGGUAAAAGGAAACCCAUUUUAGUCAAUGACUUCCAGUAAGCAUGAGUUGUGAGACUAUGGACCCCUAGGCAAUUCUCGCUGUCAGCCUAUAUAGGUAGAGCUGUUCAAAUACUAAAAUGAAAUUUGAAGUUUAGGGUUUUAUUUUUCAUCAGUUUUUCAAUGAAUGAAAACUUCAUCCUUACUCUAUAGCCCACUGAUCAGGAUUGGUCAGUAAAACUGUUCAGCUAUCACAAAACUAUUCUGUUGUGAAUUUGCAAUCUAAAACUUAUUUUGUGAAGUAAAAGAAAAAUCAACUGUGUGGAGAAAUUUACUGUGAUGCGUCUAAAAGACUCAAAUUUCAUUAUAAGUGGUCCUGUAUCAGUUUAUGUGCAAUGCGCAAAAUUCUCCUACAGAAUAAUACCGCUGUUGUGACUACCAUUUGUGAAUUAGCAAGGCAAUUAGACCUCAUUUGUACAUACCACUGCACCACACCUACUCAGGGACAUAGCGCUGGAGGGGGGGUGCUGCCAGGGCGAUGACCCUGGGCACAUUUUUCUGGGGAGCACUGCGCAUUUGGCUCUUCCCGCCUCCUGCCAGCCCUGCACCACAUGACGAGGCUGGGAUCGGAUCUGAAUGAUUUGCCGGGUGAAUCAUUCAGAUCAGAUUCCAGCCUCGCGAAGGGGCAUAGGGCUAGCAGGGCAGCAUGCGAAGGACUCAACAGUCAUGCACCUUUCAAUCCCAGCCUUGCCUUUGCCAUUGUCUUUGGCCAUUUGCUAUGCAUGCAGGGGCUAAUGAGAGUUGAAGUUCAGCAAUAUCUGAAGACUCAGGUUUGCAAAAGGCUGCCCUAGAUACUUAAAUCCCUUGCUCUCCCUCGGUUCAGCUUGCAGUGUGUUGUGAUUUUUCUAACAACUUGGCAAACACUGACUUUUUCAUUCCUCUUCUCCACCGAGUCCCUAUGGAAGUAGUUUCACUGUCACCAUUUUAAACCAGUCUUUGGGAAGAACCUUAGUGAGGCCUCUUUCUUACUGCCUGACAAGGCCACAGUGUUCCCAUAAUAGCUUGGGAAUCAGUGUUAAUUUGUAAAGUCUCCCCAAAUGAAAGGAACCCAUCUGCUGUGGAGAUGGACUUUGGCCUGACAUUAAAGUUAAUUGAAAAUUUGUCUCUCUGGGAAUAACUCCCACAGGAAAGGCAGGAGUGUGUGUGUGUGUGGCAAAUUAAUAUGAAAUGAUAGAAACACUGCUGAUGAGGAAAGGCUUCCCUGCGCAUUUUAUCAUUAACCACUUUGUCUCUUUAGUAUAGGGAAUUAGAUCUACCCACAGGACACCCAUAUUUUAGCCUUAUUAAUAAGCACAUUGGAAUGCUUUGGCACAGUCUUUUGGAAGAUCCAGUUCCCUGAAUGUGUUGCUGGAUUUCUAAGAGAUUUCAGCCCUCUUGCAGAUCCAACAAAAAGCAGAGGUAAGGAAGGAGGACAGAAAAGAAUCAUCCUAAAAUUUGUAUUGUCUUCAAGGCUUCUUUAAAGUGAAAAGGAGGGUAAUGGUGAGGUCUCUGUGUUUGUUUUUAAAAGAAGUUUGUUGUUCCAAACUUUAAAGCAUCUAUCUUUUGAAGGGCAGUGAAAGAAACCUGAGGAACUUGACUUGGCACAUUUUCUCAUUCCUUUGGGGGGGGGGAGGCACAAAGAGGCUGUUCAUAUUUUGUUGCUGCAAGCAACCCACACAGAUUCUGACACAGGGAUCCAGGUAAACCUCACAGCCACUACUUCAAGCCUGCCUUUCAGGAAUAAUAAUCCCAUAUAAUCGGGGCACACAGCCUCCCAUGACAAGUCAUUUGUUCACAAGGGUGUAGGGGCUAAAAGCACAUGAGAUGCAAGUACCUGUAACGAGUCCCAGCACCAUUUUUUAAAAGAAAAGGUUUGUGAGGAAGGCUUUUUUUUGUGAGGAAGCCUUGGGGCAGAGAAGCCAGUGGCUUGGGAUACUGUGUGCUUAAUUCUUUCCCUAUCUGGCAUUUCUCAGCUCAUCAAGCUGCCAUCCCCACAACAGCUUCCCUAUGCAGAGAGCAAAAUUACAUAUUUACCAGUGUUUUGAACCUUUAGAAACUUAAAGGAAGGAAAAAGUUGCCUCCUCACAUAUCUUGAGCUUUUAAACACAAGCCCGAAGAAGGGAGCACCUUGUAACAUGUCAUUCAUUUACUCAUUUUAUGCUUGAUAUCAAUUAAUACUAAUCCUGCAAUCAAUCCUAGUACUACUACUAAUAAUAACAAAACAACAACAACCAGUAGUUUCUAAAGAAAUCCUGCUGUUUGGUGUGUUUUCCCUCACAACAGCUUCCAUCUGAUUUGAAAACAUAAGCCACAAUCACCGUUAAGUUGAGGUGUGUACAUUUGAGACCACCAUUGCACAUGCUCAGAUGACAGCUUAACACAUAGGAGUUUGGCAGGGAAACCAAACAGGUAACACACAUCAGGUGAAGGCAUCCCGGCCCCCUUUCUGGUGCGUACAGUGUGCAACUGCAUCUUGAAACACAGCAGGCCAGUAGAAGGGGACAACCUCGCGGUGCUUUAGGCCACGAAGAGUCUCAGGCCUCUGAAUACAACAGGUCCCACUUGGCACCUGUGUGGGUCUCCUGACUGGUGUGACCAGAGCCAUCUCUCCAGUGAAGAUGCUGCUACUGGUGUGGGAAGCUCCCACAAACUGGCGAGCCGUGUUUGCAUAUGUGAUUGUCACACCCCCUGGCCAUAGCCUAAGACUGUGCAAAAAGUUGCACAUGCAAAAGGAGAUACCACCAUGGCUAUUCUAACAGUGCUGCUCAGAGUGCCAGGAAAGCAGCCUGCCCUGCCAAGGUUUGUUUUUAAAUGAAGUGGCAGUCACUCACUCAUGGCCAAAAGUGAAAACAAGCUGCUCUUUGGCCAAGAAAGGUGCCGUUUUCUAACAACGCUCUCCUCCGCCUCUUCUCAGUCCUUAGUCUGCACUGAUGCCUUUUGUUCUCAUUCUACCCCCUCUUACUAUCCUUCCCCCGCUGCCAGGGUCUCUUUGCUGCUCCAUUUGUUUCCUCUGCCAGUUCCUCUCCCUGCUGGGGUGUAAUGUAGCUGAGCAACAAAAGCUUGCCUCCCUAAGCCUGGUGUAAUUGCUUGUCUGUGCCUCAGCCACUGUGUUGAAAGAGCUGUGCAGGCUGGCAGGAAAGCACCAGCCAUGUCUGUAAAUGCCUCUGAAGGCUGCUUGUGUGUCACCUGCCAAGCACCAUCACAGCUGAGGUGUUUAUGGUAAGGCUUGCCCUGUAGUUGAUUCUUCCAAGGCUGGGAACUAAUCUGCCACCUCCAGCCUGCAUAGCUAAAUGGACAGGCGUUGUGGUCCAGCGACAUCAGGAGGGCUGCAUGGACCUCACCCCCGCUCUAGGCAAUCACUAAAUACUGAGCUGGCCUAUCCCUCAGCCCUUCCACUGAGAGGUAGAAACAACCAAAGAUUUCUAAAUCUUCCUCAUUCUGGAGGAGUAUCUUUUCCCAGCCGUUUUUAUAAUCUCUCCAUCUAGUAAGUCUUUCUUUAAAUUCCCCCCCUUCUGCCAGACUAUCCAGGGCUGUCUGUACGUUAAAAUAAAUAAAUAAAUAAAUAAAUCUGUAUGCAAGCAAUUCAGUUUUCUAGUUUUGGUAGUUCUGAGAAGGGCAGAAGCAAAGAAGCCCUGUCCUCAACUUCUGAUCUUCUUGGCCGCCUGCUGAGAUUUUCAAAGGCAUUGCCCCAAAGAUUUUCAAAUACAUCUUCACAGCAAUAAGGACUAGAAACUUGAGGUGUUUUUUAAAAUGAAAGCAGGCAUUUUUAGAAAGUCGAGUUCUACGUGCACUACCACUUUCUGCGGUUCACAGCACUGUGACAUCCACACAGCUCUAACAAUGCCCUUUCUCACUGUCUUAUUUACAUUCAAUAUUUUCUCUCCCUUCUUUCCCCCCCCCCUUAAACCAACAGUACGAAAACAGGAAAUCAUUAAGGUGACGGAGCAGCUGAUUGAAGCAAUAAGCAAUGGGGACUUUGAGUCCUACACGUGAGUGUGCCCAGUGGGUGUCUUGACUUUAACAAGAGAGCGAAGUAUAUUCCUGAGCUGGCCCAGUAUGGAGGAAGAGGGUUAGCAGGAAAUCCUUCAAAUGGCCUUAACUGUGAAAAAACAGUUUUGAAAUGUCAGGUUGCUCUGAAGGCAAGCAAAUUAGUGUUUUUCUUUUAUGGGUUUUCAAAGCACAGCUAGAAAUGGACUUCAAGAACUUGUGUUUUCCGUUUCUUCUGUUCCUACCGAGCCACUCUGUCAUUAUUAUCUCCCAUCAAAAUUAAAAUGGAUGGAUUCAUUUUGCAGUCUGGCCAAGGAUAAAUCGCAGCUAUUACUGCUGAGUGAGCAAGCAAAGGCCCUGGAUUCCUGGUUAAGAGAACAAAGAAGCAUGGGUUUAUUGACGAAGAGUAGAGGCUGCUGAGUUUGUUUUUCUCCUGUCUACAAGAAGGGCCUGUUUGAAAACAAAUGUGCAAACAAAACCCCUUUCUGUCUUUAUGAAUCAACCAGUUAGCACGGUAAUGUUAUGGGAAGGAGCACAGGUCAGUGCUGGAGCUUCUGCAUUUUGUGCAGAAAGUUCCAUGCUCAAUCCCUGGCCUUCCCAGGUAGAGAGCUGAGAGAGAAACCAAUAGGCUGACUCAGUAUAAGGCAGAUUCCCAUGUUCCUAAAUGAAGCUUACUUUACGCUCAUCUCAGCAUAACUUCAAAAUAGUUAGCACUAACUCAUUAAAGCUUAACAAGAUAAUGAGGAACCCAAAGUUAACCUCCGUAAUUUAUAAUAGUAUUUCCAUUGUGGGUAAUGGGUUAAAUGAGUGCCUUUCACCUAUUUAUUUAUUUUUAAAUAUACUAUUUGAAACCUCAUCAGUUUGAAACCCAUCUGUUUACUAAGGCAGGAUGCCAGCACACUGGAACUGAUGCAUGUUCUGCUAACUUCAAUAAGGCUGGAUAUAUUUUAUUGAUUUGUUUUGAAUCUGCCCAAGGAUGGCUCCAUAAAGUCCCCCAUGCAGUUGGCAGCGUGGCAUAAAACAACAAUUAAUACAAACAAUAUGAAGCAAUAUCGGAUUAGAUUACAGAUAUAGACAACAAAUCAAGAACAAAUCAGCGGAAAGGAAGAGUCGACGGAGAACCUUCCCUAGUAGAUUUAUGAAACAUAAAAAUCUCUGCCAGCUCACACAGUCAACAAAGCGACCCUCCCACCUUCCCUCCCAAAAGCCCACUGGAACAAAAGGAUUUUUUGUCUUUUAACUAAGUUUCUAAAAAUAAAAAAUGAGCUGAUGUGGUGAGUCUUCAGGAAAACAGCGUUCCAUAAUGAAGGCGCUACUUACAGUUGUUUUCCCUCUAGCCUCUGACAAAGAUGAAAGUUAAAGCAGAGACCUGUCAGAUGAUUUUGAUGUAUUGGUGGGUGGUCUCAUACAGGAGCAGGGACUGUUCUCUAAUAUGAAACAGACCAUAACCAUUCAGGGCUAUUAACACCAGCCCUGCAGAUUGUGGUUGGAAAGACAUUGGGAGCCAGCACUGCUCUGAGUUUAUUCAUACUUACCUGGGCUUAGAAAGAGCCCACCUGCCAAUACAUCAAAAUCAGAGCAAAUGUCAAUUCAGAUUUUUUGUGGAUUGCCAUUUGCUCUGAUUGAGCUUUAAAGAGCGGGUUUUUGCGGGGAAAGCUCUGGGGCAAAUAAAGGGCACUCAAGACAUGGAGCUUGUCCAUCCUGCAGGAGGAUUUUACAGAUGCUUCCUUUAACCUGCCACCAAAAUGACAAUUUCUUCAAUCCGUUAGGAAAUUAUUGCAGCCCCUCACUCUUCAAAACUGAGAAAAACAUGUCCUUUAAGGUCACAGGCCAAGGAGCAGAGAAACUAUUGAAGUAUGUCACUGAGCACAGUGGUAUGCUUAAGAGCUAAGAUAAAUAAAUUAAAAUAUAUUAUGAGAAAUAAAUUAUGUAUUUGUAUUGCAUAGACAGGUUAACUUCAUUGGUGUUAAAUCCAUAGGAAUGAAGACAUGUGACUAGACAAUGAGGUUAUUUCACUUCCUUUUCUCUCUCCACCCUGACCCUGGUCCUUUCAUGGGCUCUUCCAGGAAAAUGUGUGACCCUGGGAUGACGGCUUUUGAACCAGAAGCUCUAGGGAACCUGGUGGAAGGGCUGGAUUUCCAUAGAUUCUACUUUGAAAACUGUAAGCACCCUCCGCCUUGUCAAAAGGCCCUUUGACUCUCUUAUCAGAAUGGAAAUAUUUGCAAUAUUGGGUCACUUCAUCAGCCUUCUAGCCCAGUGACCAACCUCUUAACUACAACCAGUUUGUUUUAAAAUAAAGUAUGUUAAGAGAUUUGAAGGCAUAUAGAUGGAAUCUUCUAUCCUGUUACCCGCCAAGAUUCUGCUUGUCAGAGUAGAAAUUUCAUCCUUUGAUGAACAUUUUGGUUCACAACACUAGAUAGGCCUAACAUCCCUUAAAUUUGUCUUAUCUCUUUUUGAGCUUUCUGAAAAGAUAAGGACAACUUGGCUGAACUAGCACAUGCAUUUAAGGGCAGGACAGCAUAUCAGAGAUACAGCACGAACUCAGAUUUAAUUGCUGACACCUCCUGUUAAAAAGCAUAUCUGUAUCAAGGCUAAGAAAGACAUCUGUCUGAGGCCCUGGAAAGUCAUUCCCAGUCUGAAUAGACCAUGCUGGGCUGGAUGGACCAAUAGUAUGUGUCAGCUUUGUAAGCUCAUAGGUAUGCAUUUGAAGGUUUACUUCUAAGUAGACUUGGUUAGGGUUGUGCUCUUAAUCUCUCACUCAUUUCCAAAGUUUCAAACCAAAUCAUAAAUGGUUGAAUGUAGAGUGGAUGAGCAGGAUUCACUUAAUGAACCCUGUCAGCACCAGCCCUAUUUGAGGGUUUCUGCUUGCACAGUGCCCCAUCCCCAAUGGCUGGGGUGGGGGUCAGGAGAACCGCCCCCCCAGAACAACACAUGGGGGGUGGGAUUGUUCCACCUGGCAAGCUACAGUACUUUUGCUGACAAUGUUGAAAUCCCAAACAAUGUUUUUAGUUUUUAGAAUGUGAACUGGUCAGUGAAUGCAGUUUAAUGAAUUUUUAAGAGAAUAAUCUCCCUGCGAUUGGGACAUAAACUGAAACAAGCCUAGAAAUAUUCUGCAUAUGCCUUCUUUUUCCUUGUUGCUACAGUGAUUUUAUAAAGAUUAGAGAAAGAUGUCCGUCCUAGUUACCGUAUUUUUUGCUCUAUAAGACUCACUUUUUCCCUCCUAAAAAGUAAGGGGAAAUGUGUGUGCGUCUUAUGGAGUGAGUGAAUGCAGGCUGCGCAGCUAUCCCAGAAGCCAGAACAGCAAGAGGGAUUGCUGCUUUCACUGCGCAGUGAUCCCUCUUGUUGUUCUGGCUUCUGAGAUUCAGAAUAUUUUUUUUCUUGUUUUCCUGCUCCAAAAACUAGGUGUGUCUUAUGGUCUGGUGCGUCUUAUAGAGCGAAAAAUACGUAUGUGGGGACGCAGGCAGCAUUGAUCUCACUGGCUUUCCUCUCAACCCCCAGUGUGGUCUAGAAACAGCAAGCCGGUCCACACUACCAUCCUGAACCCUCACAUUCACUUAAUGGGAGAUGAAUCUGCCUGCAUUGCCUACAUCCGCAUCACGCAGUACGUCGACACCAGUGGGAUCCCUCGCACUGCACAGUCGGAGGAGACCCGAAUCUGGCACCGCCGGGAUGGCAAAUGGCAAAUUGUUCACUUCCACAGAUCUGGAGCACCUUCUGUCUUACCACAGUAAGUCAUCCCCAGGCCUUGGUGAACCCUCUCAAAGCCACUCUUGUCAUACCACUGAAAACUGAAUAUUCCGUUUCUACAGUGUAAACGGGGGUAGAUAAGUGUAAAUUAAAGGUGAGAGUAUAAGCAAGGCAGUAGAAGGAAAGAACAGCAGCGAAGGCCAAAUGUAACACAUCUAUGCAUGGCUUAACGAUAUUUGUAGCUAGGUCAAAACCUUCCUGAAAGAACUUUUAUCCAUGUCAGUGGCCCCCCACUUUGUUGUGCCUGGGGGCGCUUUUGGAAAUCUAAGUAACUGUUGUGGGCACCACAAAAUAAAAUAAAUUUCCCAGAAGAAAAACUGAUAGUGCUCAGACCCCCCCCCCCCCGGUCUCUCAAAAUCAAACACCUACACCACUACUCCCAACAAAUAAAACAGAUUUUUUUCCAAAAAAAAUUGCAACACCACCCCCCCAAACCACAAUUUUGAAAACAAAACUUAAAAUUGGAGGGGGCCUUGACAGAUGCCUAAGAGUGCUGUAGUGCCCACAGGCACCACAUUGGGAACCCCAGACGGGGAUUAUUCAUUUGCCUUUAUGCAAGGAUGCAUUCAUGGCAUUAAAUUACAAGAGAUUUGAAGGCAAUUCAUGCAUAUUUAGUUUAACCUCCCACCAGUUACAGUCACACAUUAUUGUUUGAUGAUUUGCUAAGAUCCACAUGCAUGCUACCAGAAUGGAGAAUACCCUGCCCCCCAUGUGGUAGGCUCAUUGGUGGCAAUGGCAUGUAUGGAAUAGAAGUGUCUAAUGAUUGGUUCUUGGAGUUAUAGCAAGUUUAACAUUCUUUCUCUGUCUCUCUCAGACCCAGUUCACAGGUCACUUUUUCACAUGGUAAUUUCACCACGUCAAAUUGAUGUAUGAACAUGAUGUAUGAAUCUGGUCCCGUGACAGGAGAUAUUUAUUAUGCCAGAGCAAGCCAAAUUGAUUGCAAAAUAUCAACCCAACCUGGUUUAUAUUGGUUUAGAAGUUUCAACUUUUAGUGAUGUCAUUCAGAAUUGGGGCUCCCACGUUCUUCUCCCCAUCACCAUUCCUUUUCUUACUGUGAUGUUAUGACUGUCAUAGGUGUUUUCUCAGUAAAGAAAGAUGCAUCCUAGUAUUUCAUGUUAACUUAUGCACUGCCAGUUUAAAUCAUCAAAAGAAAUGAAAAUAACUUUAUUAUCCAUAAGGUAGAGUUGAAAGUGAAGAGGGAAAAACUGUGUUAUUUUAUCACUCUCUAAACUUCUUGAUAACAAGGUGCGAAGGUGCAGAAAUGAAGUUAAGGGUAUACACUGUUUGUUUUUUAAUAGGCGGGAACAUUCAAACACACAAGCCCCCACCUGCACUCUGGAAUGAUACAGUCCAGCAUCAGAUACUUCACGUGUGUCUGAUCAUCUGUUUCUGAUGUGAGUGCAAGAAGAUUCCAUAUGGGCAUCCCUGAUAGCAGAGAAGAGUAUCUUUUGUCCAGGUUUGAUGAGACGCCACGGCUAGCCCUUAGUGGCCAGCGUGAUAGGGGUUACUCACUCUGUUGAAAACUACUACUGAAGUUAGAGUCAUUCAUUCAUUGCUUUUAUGAAUUGCCUCUCUACUUAAAUAAAAAAGUGUUCAAGGUGAUGUACAAGAACACACCCCGCUGGGGCUUAAACAAAUUUGUUUAUAGUUAGGGAUGGAGGAAAAAUGUCAUGCAAACCUGUGUAAUUCCCACUUGUGAAAUUCAGAAAAUGUUCAGAAAAUGUGAACAAAAAUAUGUCUGUUAGGGGAAAGUGUGCAUAAAAUACAUAUAUAUUAGUGAAAGCAACAUGCUAAAAUGCAUUGCAUUAGAUAAUUUACUUGCAAAAAUGUGUAUAUUAGGAGAAAUGUGCACUAAAAUGCAGGCAAAUCUUAAUGAGGACUUUUAAAAAAGAAAAAUCACAGACUGAUACAAAUGUGGCGAACUUAAAUUAAGGUGGGGGGGGGACAGAGAAAAAGUGAAACUGACAGAAUCAUCUACCCUAUUUGUGGUAGCUGCUUUUCCUGUUUGCCUCCACACUAACUGUUUUCUGAGGAAUUGCCGUCCUUCCCUCAUUUAGGUACCACAGAGAAUCCAGAUGACAUUUUUGUCAGAUGGUUGCAUUCUGGUGUUUUCUGUGUCACCUUGCCAUAUCCCCCAUCCCAUAUCAAAUUUGUGGCAAUUUUCCCACUAGCUUGUUCAGCAUGGUUAUGCAGAGAGCUAUUGAUUCAACUGGCUUUUACUUCUGCCCAUGUGCAGCCACUGUUAGACUUUUAGGGGGGAAAUUAUUUUUGACACUUCCUUAUUGCACUGCUGCAUGUACAGCAAUAGAUGCAUCCACAAAUUUGGGGUGGGGAACCACAACGACAUUGUGAUGCUCCUUACAGUUUCAAGCCAGAGAGGGUUAGGGAGACUUCUCACUAUUUUACAAGCCUCUCUGGGGCUCAGUGCAAGCAAGGGGAUUCCCUCCCAUCAUUUUCUGGUUUCUCUCAGCUGUAGAGCUUGGAAUUCUAAUGAAAAUGCCUUGCCGCACUUCCACUUCAGCAUAACAAGGAAGGACCAUUUUUUAAAAGCACCUAAAAUGGUAUGUCAGGCAAUGGAGGCCUAAUCCUUCCUCUGUCCCCUGCUUCUCAGAGAUGCCUUGUGGCAUGUGGGAAUUUAAGGAAAAAAGUUAACUGGUGCUCUAGAGUGAAUGUACAUUCAUAAAGGGGUGGAGGAGGCCAAUAUUUUAAAACAAAAUUAAUUCCCCUCCCCCAUUUUUUUCAAUAGCUGCCAUGCCCUGUUCCUCCUUCAUCAUGUGUAUAGGCAUUGCAGGAUGCUAAUGGGGAAGAUCUGUGCUACACAGAACCGCUAUUUUAAUUCCCCGUCCAGCUCGCAGUGCAAGAGUGAUGUCUCAGCAGCACUAAAGAGGCGUACUGCUUCUUAUGCUUGUCUGAGGCUAAUUGACAAUCUAGGUCUAUGCUCCUGCCUGUUUUUCAUUUGGGUUCCCUGAAUGCUCUGUUCUCCUCUUGAGAGAUGGUGGCACUUAGUAGUCUGGGGUGCAAGUGGCUACCAGGAUGGUGCAGCCCUCACCCAGCUCUUUUCUUAUUCUCCUCCUCCUGCUGCUGCUCUCUUUUCAGGGCAAGGCUUUUCAAAAGUAGUCUAGUAGUGGUAGUUGCGGAAAGAAGGUGGGCCCCCUCAACAUGAGUCACAUCCACCCCACACAUUGAAAGCACUCCUAUACCACUUUAACAGGCAUGUCUUCCCCCAAAGGAUCCUGGGAACUGUGGUAAGUUAAGGGUGCUGGGCACUGUAGCUCUGUGAGGGGUCUCCUACCCAACUCUCAACACCCUUAAUGAAUGACAUUUCCCAGGAUUCUCUGGGGCAAAGCCGUGACACCAAAGAACGCUUUCAGUGUACGGUGUGGGUGUGACCGAAUGUUUUACAUUCUCCUGGACAUCUCUUGUCCUCUCGUGAUCUUCACUCCUUCACCCCUGCCCUGCCACAAAGCUUGAGAGAUGGAUGCCAGCUGGAGGACAAGACUUCACAAAUAGAAAAGAGUAAUUAUUUGGGGUGGGGGUGGCUAGGGUUGGGGGGAGAACCAGAUGGGAAGGUCACCAUUUUGGUGGAGUAAAAAGCCGUUUCCUUUUGUGUUUUUCAGCUGA